GCGGGGAGCGGCGGCGGCAGUGGCGCUAACCGUGGUGGCUGUUGUGGAGAGGCUUCACGGCAGGGGCGACGCGGCUGGUGCUGCAGCGGCUCGCUCAGGCCGUGGGUUGUCGCUGCAGACGUGGGCAAAAGAGGGAACGACGACUCAGCGAGCGCACUUGGCAGAGCAGGGAGGAGGGGAAGGGGUGUGUGAGGCGGGCCUUGAGUGUAUUUGGGAUCGGGGAGAAGGACUUCGAAACUUGUGCCUCAUAUGCUACUAGUUGAUUGUUGUUUUUGUUGUUUUUUUUUCUUUAAUGGCAGAUUUUGGAGACACCCCGCGUCUCCCUUCUCGAAUUUCUCUCGGUCCUUGUCAGUUGACUCGUAGCCUAAAAUGCAUGGUCACGGAGGCUAUGACUCUGAUUUUAGUGAUGAUGAACACUGUGGAGAAUCUAGCAAAAGGAAAAAAAGGACAGUUGAAGAUGAUUUACUACUCAAAAAGCCAUUUCAGAAAGAGAAACAUGGAAAGGUGGUUCAUAAACAAGUUGCAGCAGAAUUGCUGGAUAGGGAAGAAGCAAGAAAUAGAAGGUUUCAUCUCAUAGCUAUGGAUGCUUAUCAAAGGCAUACAAAGUUUGUAAAUGACUAUAUUUUAUAUUAUGGUGGCAAAAAAGAAGACUUCAGACGAUUGGGGGAAAAUGACAAGACAGACAUGGAUGUUAUACGAGAAAAUCAUAGAUUCCUAUGGAAUGAGGAGGAUGAAAUGGACAUGAAUUGGGAGAAGAGACUUGCAAAGAAAUACUAUGAUAAAUUAUUCAAGGAAUACUGCAUAGCAGAUCUCAGCAGAUACAAAGAAAAUAAGUUUGGAUUUAGGUGGCGAAUAGAAAAAGAAGUAAUUUCAGGAAAAGGCCAGUUUUGCUGUGGAAAUAAAUGUUGUGAUGAAAAAGAAGGCUUAAAGAGUUGGGAAGUUAAUUUUGGUUAUACUGAGCAUGGUGAAAAAAGAAAUGCACUUGUUAAAUUAAGAUUAUGCCAAGAAUGUUCCUUUAAGUUAAAUUUUCAUCACAGGAGAAAAGAAGUCAAGUCAAAAAAAAGAAAGGAUAAAGCCAAAAAAGAUUCUGAAGAGUCAACACAUAAAAAACCCAAAUUAUCUUCUGUAAAAGAGACCUCUAAGAAAAAGGAUAAAGCGCAUUCAUCCUCAGUGAAAUCAGAAAGUUCUGUCAACAGAAACUCUGAUGAGGAAGAAAGUGCUUCAGAGUCUGAACUUUGGAAGGGCCCACUACCAGAGACAGAUGAAAAAUCACAGGAAGAAGAAUUUGAUGAAUAUUUUCAAGAUUUAUUUUUGUGAGAUGAAAGAGGGAUGCCUACAUUCCUUAAUGCAAAGUGUACUUUGAAAUUCUUCACAAAAGUUUUGUCUACAAGUUGCAACUUCAGUGGUUUGUCUUUGGAAAUAAAAAAUCCAUCUAGGAUGGAUUGUCAGAUGCUUU